GAAGACGGCAACGCGCGACGCCGGGGCAAGUUCUACGACAUUCUCGGCGUCAAGCCCGGCGCCGACGUCCGCGCCGUGAAAUCCGCGUAUCGCAAGCUCGCCGCCGUGUGGCAUCCCGACAAAUGGACCCGCGCCUCUCCCGAGGACGCCGCCAAGGCUGAAGCGACGUUUAAAUCCGUGCAACGCGCGUACGCCACCCUGAGCGACGCCAAGCAACGGAAGUUGUACGAUUUA